GCUUUAAAACGGAGUUCACUUCCUCUUCUAGUUCACUUUAGAGAAGCAACGUUAGACACCACAGCUUUUUCUUCCGCAGAGCACAAAUGGACAACAGGGUUCAAGGUGGUAAAGCGUUUGGCCAGCUCAAGUCUCACCAAGAAGAAAAACUGAAUGCCAUCAAUGAGGCUUUUCUGUCCGAUGAGCAGUAUGCAGAAGUGGAGGACCUGGCCUCAAAGCUUGACAUGUUUAAACAGAAAUACAUGGAGUUUGAUCUUAACGACAAGGGUGAUAUAGACAUGAUGGGCUUAAAGCGAAUGCUGGAGAAACUGGGAUUGGCUAAAACUCACUUGGAGUUGAAAAAGAUGAUGUCGGAAGUGGUUGGAGGAACGUCCAAAGAAACCAUCAGUUAUGCUGAUUUCCUAGAUAUGAUGCUAGGAAAAAGACAUGCCAUUUUGAAAUUGAUUUUGAUGUUCGAAGGCAAGAGCAAAGAGGAGAAGAGGCCCGAAGGACCAGCUCCCCCCAAAACCUUCUCACAAUUACCUUGAAGGACCUUACGAUCGAAUCCCGGAACUUAUCAUGUUACACAAAUUGUUAUGGAUGGACCUUGUAACUGAUUGAUUUAGUCAACUGUGUUGGUGAAAAAUCUUGUAUGAAAGAGAAGGAGUGCACUACUGUUCUUGAACUGGCAGAGACACUGUUAAUUCCAGUCAACUAGUUUGAGCUGUAAAUCUAAUGAUGUCAGAUAGGGCCUACAUCACUGCAAUCCUACGCAAUGUAAACAUCAUUCUACUCGAUGCCAGUCGUUUUUUAAAAAGGACACAUUUUUUGCUGUCAAACUGUUUAAUCUCGUUAAAAUAUUUGAAAAUUAUGCAACAAUUGUAGAUUUGUCACCCAUUAUACCGUAUACACUUCUUCCUCUAUUACUUGUCUUCUUAUCUAAUUGUAGCUAUAUGUAUAUGUGUAAAAGGAAUUCUAAACAUCUACAUAUUACUCUAAUCCUUAGGAACCAAUAAAGAUGUUUUUGUUCACGUUUGAGAUGAAUGGUUGGAUUAAAAAAAAACAAUUUGAGCCA